GAACUGGUCAUCGUCACACGACACAUGAUAACGUCACGUUGAUAACUUCAGUAACACGAAUCAUUUCAAGUUCAGGUUUUAAGAUAUAAUUCUGGAUUAUUCUCCCGACACAGACUAAACACCAGUUAACCGUUGUUAGGUUGAUCGCACAUGCCCCGGAUGAAACCGAAGGAUUCAUAAGAGGGAGACAUGUCUCCAGUCACAGCUGCCAAACACAGAGUCUCACACACACUAACGAGGAGCAUUCAUUAGCUUCUUGCUAAUGGAGUCUGGUGUGACGAUGUCAGACGAAGACUUCUGUAAACAGCUAAGCUAACAAACAAACCGACAUCAUGCUGUUUACCGAGCUAGCUUCACUAGCAGAGCACAGGUAAGCUAGCAUCAUGUGAGAGUAGCUCAUGCUAACGCAGCGUUAGCAUCAGGAGGAGGCAUCACUCACUGAGGCUGAUUCCAGAUGUUGAUGCAGGUGUUUGUUUCACAGCUGGAUGUUAGUCAGGUGACAUGAGGCGGACAGAUGCGGAGACACCGUCAACAAACUGCGCCGCUCACCGGCGACACGGAGAAUUACACCUUCACCUCUGAUUGAUUUGAUGUUUCCAUGAUUUUGUAUUUUCUGAUUGAUCAAUACAAAAAUAACUGACCGGAAGCGGAAACUCAGCGAGUGCUGCUAAGAAAACGCGGAGGCUGGAUUCUCCUUCCGUUUCACACUGAUGUCACUUGUUUUUAUGUGACAACAUUUUCAUAUAACGUGUUAUACCCCGACACACGCUUUUAUUUCUGGUCUAACAAACGUCAUAAUGUUUUAUACGAGAAUAAACACGUUUGUUUAUGUUACGGAUUAGAUUUUAAAGUUGUAAAACGAUGUAAAAUACACAUUUAUUCAACGAUUCACAUUUUUCAUGUUAAAAUGCUGAAUCCAGUCCGCGGAUCCGCUCCGUACAUUCAGAGUCUCUGCUCCGGCGGUGGGCUAAGCUAGGCUAGUUCAAAAGUCCCCCGCUAACCGUGACCCGCUCCCGGUGUCGCCGCUGCCGGUAGAGACGUCCACAAUCCCCGCGGAGCGUUUUGACCGCUCGCACGCACCGACUUCAUUCCACUGGAUUCUACCUCCGGAUGACUGGAGCUACCGACUGGCCCCCAGGGUGAGCUAAGCUAACUGAUAGCCUCGCAGCCAAAAUGGCGGACAAGGAGGAUGAGAGCGGACCGAUCAGAACAAUAAGAGCCGCAGAACCGCCGGGAUCCGAGGCUCACACCCCCGCCGCUGAGGGCACACAGCCCGGGGAACUCAACGGUCUUUCCGCGGGCAGUUCACAGCCCGUGGACGGUGUUGAGAGCGGCCCGUCCGCGCAGAGUUUGCCGUCAGGGUCCGGAGCUCAGCUGGAGGACUUCUUACAGAGAUGCCCGGAGGAACAGAGCAUCGUGGUGGGCACAGAGCUCGCGGGCCAGGCUCCGGACCUGGGCAACACCACGAUCAUCUACGUGCAGCCGGACGGCAGCCUGGUGGAGGGCUCCGGGCUGACGGCCGAGGAGCAGCAGUUCCUGCUGGAGCAACUCACCAGGCAGCAGCUCGUCCAGGUCCCCGACACCGAGGCUGCACAGCUGCUCCAGCAGAGCCAGCUGCUCAGAACCACCCCGGUCCACAAUGCCACCCUGGAUCCGAGUCAGCUGCAGCAGGUCAUCAACCAGGUCGCCAAGUCCAAGCAGCAGGUCCAGGUUCUCCAGCAGGUUCCUCAGGAGAACCUCAAGACCCAGAACAAUGCCUCCCAGCAGCUGAAGAGCGUCGCCCAGCAGGUGGCCAUGCACACCAGUGGCUCAGUCCAGGUGGUCCAGAAGAAGUCGGAGCCCGUCACUAUUCAGAUCAAGGUUCCUCCCAAACAGGAAGUGAAGCACGGCUCCACCAUGCAGCAGAAAACUGUAUCUGUCAAUCAUCCUCAGGUGAAGCUGUCAGCCAAUGGCAGCGUGAGCAGUGCUCAGAUCAUCCACAUCCAGCCUGUGGUUGGUCCGGAGGGUCAGCAGUUCUUCCUGCAGCAGAGUCCAGGGGACCCGCCCAUCCAGCUGCUGCUACAGAGCCCUGUCCCUGUAGUUGGAUCUCUUCUCCCAUUGGUCCACAAGCUGACGGGCCAUACCACAUCAACAGCCACUGCCUCUGGUCCGAGUCAGAAACCUGCUGGCCCCCCCGCAUCUGUUAUGGCAUUGGCCACCUCCAUUGUUAAGACCCCGCCCAAUUCUAGUAAUGUCAGCAUCCAGCAAAUCAAACCCAUUAACGGAACGAUGGCCGCCGCCAAGAAGAGUCCCGUCAAACGAACUGCUGUUCUGACGACCAUCACACCAGCCCCAUCUGCCACCGCGACCAAACCUCCCCCUCCCCCUGUGGUCCCGGCAGGGAAGGACCGAGAAGCAGACAAACUGAAGAAGAGGUUAAAGAAGAGGGAGAAGAAGGGGGCGAAGGUCCAGACUAGAUCUGGUCGGGUCUCCAGACCACCGAAGUACAAAGCCAAAGAUUACAAGUUCAUAAAGACAGAGGACCUCGCUGACAGCCACCAGUCCGACUCUGACGACUACUCUGAAAUGAGCACGGAGGAGGAGGAGGAGGAGGAGGGCGUGAGGAAGGAUGGCCCCGCCCCCGGAGCCUCCCUCACCUACAGCCACAAGUCCAGGUCCCACCACUGCCAGACCUGCGAUAAGGCCUACAUCGGUCCUGGAGGCCUGAACCGGCACUACAAACUAAACCCGACCCACGGAGACCCUGAUCCCCCUGGUGACCAGCCUAGCAACACACCACCGCCAGUCAGAGAGCUCAGCCAAUCACAGGAGACGACAGGCGAGAAGACGGAGGACACACCUGCUGCCACGGCAACAAACAGAGUGGAGGGAGGUCCAGCAGCAGCUGUAGGACUCAGGGGCCUCCAUCACCGCGGCCCCGGCCGACCCCGGGGCCGAGGGAGGGGCCGGGGGAGGGGCAGAGGGAGGGGCCGACCACUGGCACCGCCUCCUAAGGUGGCAGUGGGCGUGGUCAGUAGGCGUGGUCGACGUGGACGACCUCCAAAGCUUAGUGUUACCAUGGUAACGUCAGAGCAGCAGGUGGAGAGGAGACGAGACCGACUGCAAGAGGUAAGAGGAAGGAAGUGA